GAAGGGCCGGAACUUUUGGAACUAUUAGAGUUUCUACUCGGACUUGUUGAAGUGAUGCACCGAAAGCGUGUUGUGUUCCCUGCGGGAGUCCACGCUGUUGGUGGAUGUAAAAAAACAUGUGCAGGUCGCCGCUAAAGUAAACGACUCGGUUUGUGUCUGUACUCCUUAAGCGAGGCGCGUCUUUAGCCGGCUUGCUGUCGGAGGAGGAUAGCGGAAGAACGGAACUAGCUCUGGUUUCGACAGGCGAGCCAACAUGAAGAUCAAACGACAGAAACAAGCCAAGAAAACGAUCAGCUUCUACAAAUACAACUUCAGCUUCAGAGAGCCCUUUCAGAUCCUCCUGGACGGCACGUUUUGCCAGGCGGCGCUGAAGAACAAAAUCCAGAUCAAGGAGCAGAUGCCCAAAUAUCUGAUGGGAGAAGUCCAGCUCUGCACUACAAACUGUGCUUUGAAGGAGCUUGAGACUAUCGGGAAGCAGCUUUAUGGCGCUAAGCUCAUCCUGCAGAGGUUUCAGGUGCGGAAAUGUGCACACCUGAAGGACCCGGUGCCAGCCUCCGAGUGCCUGCUGUCAAUGCUGGAGGAGACUAAUCCACACCACUACUUUGUUGCCACACAGGACCAUGCGGUAACGGCUGGACUCAAAAAGAUCCCCGGCGUUCCUCUGCUCUACAUCAUCCUCAACACCAUUGUGCUGGACAAGCCCAGCCAGGCGUCCCUGGACCACGUCCAAGCCGUCCAGCUGGGGGAGCUGGUGACCCCCGCCCAGCAGCAGAGCAUCCGCAGCCUGAAGGAGGAGCAGGGCAUCGGCCACAAAAACGGCGAGAGGCGCAAGAGGAAGAGGAAACAGAGCAAUCCGAACCCUCUGAGCUGCCUCAAGAAGAAGAAGAAAGGCGAGCCUACCCCGCCGCUGAAGAAGACGGAACCAGGAGAGAAGAAGAAAAGAAGUCGACACAAGAGACGAAAAAAGGCCGGAGGAGACGCCGUAGCUGCUCCUGCAGUUUCAAAUGCGUGAUGGGACAGAAAGACAAGAACUUUUGCUUUUUGUUUCCCAAAAAUCAAAGUACUGAAUAGUUUUAACCGUCAUUCUUUACACUUUUCCUCCAAGGAGCCAGACUUUAUUGUUCUCCUUUGAAAUGGUCAUCGUUAAUAGGUUAUUAAUUUACGUUCCCAUUGGGAUUGCACAAUAUCAGGAGAACAUGCAGCUGCAACAUUAUUCCUGAGUAUUUCAGUGAACCCAGGGUUUCCCGACUCUAAUUUAUUUUCCUUCAUCAAAACAUCCCCGCCUGUGUUUGUGAGCUUUAGCAUCUUGGUCACUAGAAAUGUACAUGAUGUGUUUGUAGUGGAGGUUCCCUCCACAUGUCCAAAUAAGUUGUGGGCAUACAGAAUGUGCAGGCAUGGGACUUUGGCUGUAAAAUCCUGAUAAAUGUUCCUAUCAAGCAGUUCUUGGCUAUCACCACAUUGCUCGUGCAGACAUCGCAAUGGUGAUUGGGAUUCAAUAUGUUGUUCUGCUUUUGAUCCCUUACUGCCAUAAUGAAUUAUAGGUCAGGGUUAAAGGGUUCCUACAGUUUUUGCCAAUAUUUCCCACUUCUCCAGAGUUUGAUUUCAGUACAAUAAAUGUUUUCAGUAUAAAUAC